UGUUUUCAGCCUGUGAAAUGCGAGGACUUCCUCUUGAAGACGCAGGUUUCUGUUACAGGAAGUCGUUAGAGAUGAGUUGUUGUCGUGGGCCCGUGGCCCGGAAGGACCGGCCCGGUUCGGCACGGGUCCUGGUGACUGAGCUGAGUGGAUCAGGUCAGAUCAACCCAACUCCUACCACUAAGCCCUGCCAGGACCCAGAGACAGCAGUGGAGCUUCACCUCUCCGCAGAGAAGCUGAAAUCCCUAUGUGGAACUUGGGACCUCUCUUUCGUGACCUCGCUGGAGAUCUGCGUAGACACACAAGAAACCACGCUGGGCAACUUUGGUGCCCUCUUGCCCAAGCUUGUUCUGCUGAAAAUGAACAACAGCGCGAUCAUGUCAGUGAGAGACUUGGGAACCACCCUCUCCCAUCUGCAGGUGCUGUGGAUGUCUCGCUGCUGCCUACAAGACCUAGAUGGCAUUUCUAAUUUCUCUUGUCUGAAGGAGCUGUAUGUGGCCUACAACGGCGUGUCAGACCUGAGUCAGCUUGGCAUGCUGGAGAACCUGCAGCUUUUGGAUCUGGAAGGGAACGAUGUGGAUGAUUUAGUCCAGGUCCAGUAUCUGGGGUUAUGUGGCAAACUCCAGAAACUCACCCUGGAGGGAAAUCCUGUGUGUGUUCGCCCAACCCCCACUGCCACUCAGACAUCAGAAUAUAGAUAUCGGGCUGCAGUGAGGGAGUUGGUCCCUCAGCUUCAUUACCUUGACAAUAUAAGGGUUGAGGAUGACGGUCUGAGCUGCAGCGGCACCAUGGGAGAAGACUGGGCCGUUCUCCGAAACUCCAUCAGAGACUGUAGCUCCUCCCAGAGUGCCACUGAGGACGAGGAGACAGCAGAGGGUGCGUGGCCGGACAGCAGACCCAGCUCAGCCAGGCGCCCUGCUUCCAGCCACUCCUGUGUCUGGCCACUCUCAUCAGCGGGCUCCAGACCCCAGACUGGCUCCAGACCCAUGUCAGCGACCAGGUCAGGGGUACUCUCCCCUCCUGGAUCCAGACCUGGUUCUGCAGACUCUGAUAUAGCAGCAGUGGAAGCAGAAACCAGCAUCCUGACACAUGGAGCUGGUAAGAUCGUGUACUGUGGAAACCCAGUCCAAGCUAUUCGAGCGAGGCGCGAGAAGUUGAAGACGGCGCCCACCAAGUCUACCUUUACCCCCCGCGACCUGCUCAUCCACGUACCAGAGCACACGUACGACCUUGAGGAGCCUGAUGUUCGGGAACGUGGUGAUGUAUUCGCUGAACUCAGAGCUUGGCGGGAGCAGCACAGCAGGCGUCUCCAGGCCAUAGAGACUGAAAGAUUACCACAGGUCCUGGCUAUUCGACACAGCGAAGAAGAAGAGGAGGGAGAUGAUGAUAAUGUUGAUGACGAUGAACAAGAAGGUUUUGAUAGGAUGGGGAAUGACAGGAGUGAUGAAGAACGUGGAGGGAAGAGGCGUGGUGAAAGCCAAGAUUCCUCGUUUCAGUCUCUCUCCCCAGACCUGCAUCACAGAGAAGCCGUAUCCCCUGACGUUGCUCGGCUGUCCCUGUCCUCAGAUACCACGCUGUCCCCUUGUCCCCCUGUCAGUGCCACAGCAACUCCCGGUAAUCGCAAACCGCAAGGGUUUCGUGCACGUCGGCUUCGACUCAGCCAGGCCGACUCAGAACAUUUACCUGUUUCCAGCAAAGCAAGGUGCUCCCACCAGAUAGGCACAGCAGCAGGAAACAUAGAGCGGGAACUCCAGCAGGUCCAGCAGAUGACCAGGACGAGGUUACCUCAGGUUGCACACAUACACCGCCCGCCACCAACAAGCGCCCCGGCUGAAGGGCAUAUGGAUCCAUGUGUGGACGUGGACUCUUCCAGUGCACAGUCAGGCAGCAAGCCCCACAACGUCCCUCCAAUGUCCAAGCUCCCACACAGGAGUUAA